AUGGCAACAUGGUCAGAUCUUCCCUCCCAGAUCCAGAACGAAGCUGUGCUGUUGUUGGAGGGAGGAGUAGGUGUGGAUUUCCCGUUGAAAGCUUGUGUGGGCAACUGGGGCGCGCGCCUUCUGAUGGUUCACGCAUUCCAAAAAUGCAAAGUGAAAGAAGCCGUGGAACCUGAAGAAGGUGACGCCAGAAUCAAUGCUUCAGCUGAGGGAAGAUACGUUUUACUCCGUGUGUUCUUCAUUUGCGACAAAGAAGUCUUGGCGCAGGACGAGCAGGUGGCCGUUUCUGCUGAAGUUCACGCUCUCACCAACGAGGUGAGCACAUCACCUUUGUGCACAGCUGUGCGAAUGGGCUUUGACACUCACCUGUCCAGCAAUGAGGACAACGAAUUUGCCGGUGCUAAAGCUUUGCCAGAGUUGACUUCCUUGACAAAUCAUCUAACAUCUUUCUGA